AUGAAAAGCAUAUUAUCUCUUGAAACUAGUCUAUCAAAUAUCAAUCAUAAUGUAAAUUAACUUUUAGGAAUAUCAUCUCAAUAUGAUUUUCAAAGAGGUAUCCUUGUAAAUGUACCUGUUGAUUUACCAGAAGUAAAGAAAACUAAUAAUAAAAAAUUGCCUUAAUUAAUGAGAAGACAAUAGUAAUUUUAGAAAUUUUUUGUGCUUAAUACUAAACAAUAAAUUAAGUCUAGUGAAAGAAGUAAAACAAAAAAAUUGAUUCCUCAUUAACUUAUUAAAGUAGAGCAUCCUCCUAUAGGCUACUAUAAUGUUAAUGAAAGUUCUCUAGUAUAAAGGUCUAUGGUUGAUAUGAGUAAAUCAUCUACUGCUAGAAUCCCUAUAAAAAAAUACAAAAGUAAAAGCAUUGAUUAAGAAUCUCAAAUCUCACCACCAUAAUUAAUAGAAUAACAAAAUUAAAUAUAAAAGCCUCGAAUUACAGAACUAUCAAAUUGUAAAUUAUAAAAAUGGAUAAAAAAGGAAUUAGAAUAAUUAAAAGAAAAUAAAAAAUUAUAAUAAACAACUUAUAAAGGAUUUAUGAAAAAUGAAAAAGAAAAGAAUGAUAAUUUUCAGAGACUUUUUGAAUUAACUUCUCUAAAAUUAUAAAAUUCUUAUUAAAAGUAUUAUUUCUGA